UAGAGGCUGCACGGCGUCGCGUGGUUACAGCUCUCCUGUACUGUAGUUCCAUGCAUCAGUGCCAUCAGUGAGAGGCCGUUCAUGUGUGAAAACUAGAAAAAAAAGAUUAAUAUAUCCAGACGGAUAACAGGAGCAAGCCAAGAUGACGAUGUUGCCGGGGCAGUUGGCCUUCGACGAGUACGGAAGGCCCUUCAUCAUCCUCCGCGAUCAGGAUAAGCAGAAGCGGCUCACUGGGCACGAAGCCAUCAAGUCACACAUCACAGCAGCUCGUUCUCUGUCCAACAUACUCAAGACUUCGUUGGGACCCAAGGGCCUUGACAAACUGUUGGUCAGCAGCGAUGGUGAUGUCACAGUUACAAAUGAUGGUGCCACCAUUCUCAAAAACAUGGACACAGACCACGAAAUUGCCAAGCUCAUGGUUCAGCUGUCACAGUCUCAGGACGAUGAAAUUGGUGAUGGUACCACUGGCGUUGUUGUCUUAGCUGGUGCUCUUCUCGAGCAGGCGGAGCAGCUCCUGGACAAAGGUAUCCAUCCCAUUAGGAUAGCUGAUGGCUUCGAGCUGGCUGCUCAGUGUGCCAUCCAGCACCUCAACGAGAUUGCUGAAUCUUUCCCAGUUGACCCACAAAAUCUUGAGCCACUCAUCAAAAUUGCCAUGACCACUCUUGGAUCCAAAAUCGUCAACAAGUGUCACCGUCAAAUGGCCGAAAUUGCCGUCAAUGCAGUUAUGGCUGUGGCAGAUUUAGAAACAAGAGACGUCAACUUCGAGCUUAUCAAGGUUGAAGGUAAAGUCGGUGGUCGCUUGGAAGAUACUAUGCUGGUUAAAGGAGUUAUUGUUGACAAAGAUUUCAGUCAUCCUCAAAUGCCCAAGCGUUUAGAAAACGUCAAACUGGCUAUCCUAACAUGUCCAUUUGAACCUCCAAAGCCAAAAACAAAGCAUAAGCUUGACGUUACCUCAGUUGAAGAUUACAAGGCUUUAAGGAGCUACGAAAAGGAAAAGUUUACCGACAUGGUCAAAAAAGUGAAGGAUGCCGGUGCUACUUUAGCCAUUUGUCAGUGGGGCUUUGAUGACGAGGCCAACCACCUACUUUUACAAAAUGAACUUCCAGCUGUUAGAUGGGUUGGAGGCCCGGAAAUUGAAUUAAUCGCCAUUGCAACGGGUGGCCGUAUCGUGCCUCGUUUUGAAGAGCUCACACCCGAGAAACUCGGUUACGCAGGUGUUGUCAGGGAACUUACGUUCGGCACAACCAAAGACAGGAUGUUGGUGAUUGAAGAAUGCAAAAACUCCCGUGCUGUUACGAUCUUCAUUCGGGGUGGCAACAAAAUGAUUGUUGAAGAAGCCAAACGAUCGAUCCACGACGCUAUUUGUGCAGUACGCAACUUAAUCGUAAACGAUAGGAUCGUGUAUGGUGGCGGUGCCGCCGAGAUCGCGUGUUCGUUGGCCUGUGCUGCCAGCGCUGACAAAAUCAGUUCCAUCGAGCAGUAUGCAUUCCGUGCCUUUGCCGAUGCUCUUGAGGCUAUUCCUAUGGCUCUCGCAGAGAAUUGUGGUCUUUCAUCCGUCACUGCAUUGUCCGAGGUCAAAGCACGACAGGUUGCUGACAAAAAUCCAGCUCUCGGCAUCGAUUGCAUGAACUGCGACACUUGUGAUAUGAAAGUGCAAAAUGUCAUCGAAUCGCUUAAGAGCAAAACUCAGCAAAUUCUCUUGGCCACGCAGAUGGUCAAGAUGAUCUUAAAAAUCGACGACAUCCGCUCACCGGCUGAUGCCGCUGGUUACUAAUAAAGCCGUAACUUGGCAAGAAUUCAUAAAAUUGUUACAUAGCAUAUAAAAUAAGACAUUUUUCUCGUGCCGGUUAUUAACACGCUUUAUUUAAACAAGUUUUUACUUUAUACAUUUUGCUACACAUAAAGAGCGCCUUUUUCCACGUUAGUCAUUUCAAAAAUAUUUCAUACAUCAAUAAAAGUAUUAAAACCCAUAA